UUAAAACACUCACAGCAUCGUCUUGAUGUUCUUCAAGCUCGAGCCAUGGAUUACCUCAGGACUGUGAACCCUUCGCAGCUCAUCGCGGAGCGUGGUUCUCACCUCGUGGUGAUCAAUCCAGGUUCUGCGAAUAUUAGGGUGGGGUUUGCUCAUCAUCAAGUACCACUUAGUUUUCCUCAUUGCAUUGCUCGGCAUGUGAAGGGAUUGGAUAAAGAUUCAAGAUUGGCUCUACGAGAUCAGUUGCUCAAUGGUCAAGUAACUCCUGCUCAACAGUUGGAGCGUGAGAAGGCAUAUGAUAAUAUUGCAUCUCUACUUAAGAUACCGUUUCUGGAUGAAGAAACUGCAACUAACUCUUUUCCAAGAAAGAUGGGGUCUAUGGAUGGAUAUAAUCCGUAUAAUAGCAGGAGUGAUACUACUUUCGCCUGGACUAAUGUGAUGGAGAAGAAAACCAACACAGUUUUGGCAACAGAUGAGUCAGUUGUUAAAGAAACUGAAGAUGGAUCAUUAAAGAAAUCUGUAGCUAUUGAUGGGGGAGAACCAUGCCCUGAAGAGUAUGAGUUUAAGGAAUUUAUCUGCGGUGAGGAAGCUCUUAAAAUUUCCUCUGCUGAGUCAUAUUGCCUUCACCGUCCUAUUCGGAGAGGUCACUUCAAUGUAUCUCAGAAUUACUCCUCACAGCAGGUUAUUGAAGAUUUGUAUACAAUUUGGAAUUGGAUUUUGACUGAAAAAUUACGGAUACCUCCAGCUGAUAGAAACCUGUAUCAUGUGGUUCUUGUUGUGCCUGAAACUUUUGAUAAUCGCGAAAUCAAAGAAAUGCUCUCAAUUGUGCUGCGGGAUUUAAGGUUUAGCGCUGCAGUAGUACAUCAGGAAGGUCUUGCUGCUGCGUUUGGGAAUGGAUUGUCAACUGCAUGUGUUGUGAACAUUGGUGCUCAAGUCACAUCAGUUAUCUGUAUUGAGGAUGGAGCAGCUUUGCCUGCCACCAGCAUGAUAUUGCCCUUAUGGUGGGGAGGUACAGAUAUCUCAAGGUGCCUUCUAUGGGUUCAACGGCAUCACCAAGCAUGGCCUGUUAAUAGUACUAACCCUCUUGUGAAACCUGUUGACAUGAUGAUGCUAAAUAAGAUAAAAGAGUCGUAUUGCCAGAUUCGAGAUGGUGAGUUUGAUGCUGUAGCUAUAGUUCAUUCAUAUGAGGAGGGCAGGCCAGUUGGAUCUCAUAAGACAAGGCUAUCUGCUCUCAAUGUUCCUCCUGUGGGUCUUUUCUACCCAACACUUUUUGCUACUGAAGAAUAUCCUCCACCACCCCGUACUUGGUUUCAUGACCAUGAGGACAUGCUGGAAGAUACAUGGCAUAUGGAAUAUCCCAGAAGGCCUGAUAUGUCAGAUGGCCUGUAUUAUGGUGGUAAUGGUGGAGUAAAUAUGUGGGAUAAUUACCCGGUAUAUCAAACUAAACUGAAGAAAGAGGUUAAUCUUGGCCUUGCAGAGGCAAUUACCAGUAGUAUACUUUCAACAGGGCGUCUUGACCUCCAAAGGAAGUUGUUUGUCAGUAUACAACUGAUUGGUGGAGUUGCUCUGACGAGUGGUCUUGUUGCAACUGUGGAAGAAAGAGUUCUUCAUGCAAUUCCUUCAAAUGAAGCAAUUGAUACAGUUGAGGUCUUGCAGUCAAGAACUGAGCCAUCAUUCGUGCCAUGGAAAGGCGGAGCAAUUCUCGGCAUCCUCGAUAUCUGCCGUGAAGGUUGGAUUUUCAGAGAAGACUGGAUAAAGAAUGGAAUUCAUAUAGGCAGCAGCAGAAAAUACAAAGACUCAUACUAUCUCCAGGCAGUGGCCCUGAGUUACAUCAGUUCUUAAAACAGGUUACAAUAUUCACAAAAAUGUCAUCAAUUCAGUGUGUAAAAUAGUAAUAAUAUACUUUUCUUUUAUGGAAACAAUCAAAAACUUCUCAUUUUAGAUUUAUUUUA